AAUUUUAAUGGAGAAAGCCGAAAAGGAAAACAUUGUAAUGUUCCCUUUUAUGGCACAAGGUCAUAUACUACCCUUUCUAGCCUUAGCCCUCCAGCUCGAACAAAAAGGUCACAGCAUAACCUACAUAAGCACCCCUCUCAACGUCAAGAAACUGGAAUCAUCAAUCCCUCCAAGCUCCUCCAUUCGCCUUGUUGAAAUCCCCUUCAACAGCUCAGAUCACGGUCUCCCUCCAGAUGCCGAAAACAACGAUGAUCUUCCUUAUAAUCUUGUCAUUCGCCUUUUAGAAGUCUCCCCAUGUCUUGAACCUUCAUUCAGGAAGCUACUUGCUGAUCUUAUCGAUCAGCAAAAAGGUGUAAAGCCACUUUGCAUCAUAGGAGACUUUUUCUUUGGAUGGUCUGCUGAUGUAGCGCACGAAUUUGGGGUAUUUCAUGCUAUUUUCAGUGGAGCUGGAGGGUUUGGCUUGGCAUGUUACUACUCAAUUUGGUUGAACUUGCCUCACAGACAUAACAAUGAUGAGAAAGGUGAGUUUAUGUUGCCUGAUUUUCCUGAAGCUGGAAAGUUUCAUGUGACUCAGCUUUCCUCUAGUGUACUUAUAGCAGAUGGUUCUGAUCCUUCUUCAAUCUUCCAAAGAAAAUGCCUUCCAUCAUGGGUGAAUUCAGAUGGAUUUUUGUUCAACACAGUGGAAGAGCUAGACAAGAUUGGAUUAACAUAUUUUCGACGAAAGUUAGGCAUACCUGUUUGGGCGGUUGGACCAAUAUUGUUACCAGUGGAUGGAAGAGCUAAAGCUAGUAAAACAUCAGGGAUUACUCCUGAAGAAUGCAUAGAAUGGCUCAAUUCAAAAUCACCAAAUUCAGUACUAUACAUCUCAUUUGGUUCUGAAACUACAAUUUCAGCAUCACAAAUGAUGCAAUUAGCAAAAGCCUUGGAUGCUGGAGAGACAAGCUUCAUAUGGGUGGUUAGGCCUCCUAUAGGUUUUGACACGAACACGGAAUUUAUAGCAGAAGAAUGGCUGCCAGAAGGCUUUCUGCAGAGAAUCACAGAUCAGAACAAGGGCUUAAUAGUUGAAAAAUGGGCACCCCAGUUGGAAAUUUUGUGUCACAAAGCUGUGGCUGCAUUUUUGUGUCACUGUGGAUGGAAUUCAGUACUGGAAUCUCUCAUCAACGGUGUGGCCUUAAUUGGUUGGCCUAUUGCAGGUGACCAAUUUUACAAUGCUAAACUUUUGGUUGAAUUGGUUGGAGUUUGUGUAGAGGUGGCUAGAGGAAUCAGUUUUGAGGUUAGGCAUGAAGAUAUAAAAUACAAAAUAGAGUUGGUCAUGGGUGAAAAUGAUGAAAAUGACAAAGGGAAAGAAAUAAGAAGGAAAGCUGUUGAAGUUAAGAACAUGAUUAAGGAAACAAUUAUGGAAAAUGAUGGGUUCAAGGGAUCAUCUAUCAAAGCCAUGGAAGAGUUCCUCAACGCAGCACUGCUUAUGAAGGAAGGAAGAAGCAGAGCUGAUGGAACAGAGUAAUUAGUUUUCUUUAUUAGUUAUUUUGCUUUUGGAAUUACAUGAAUCCAAAUCAGGUAUAUCGACUUUCUACAGAAGCAUUUUGCAAAUAAAGUUUGUGUUAAUAGAAUUGGCUGUAGAGAAUGUUGAAGAUCUAUACAAAUGUAUAGGCAAUUCUUUUUGAUGUAGAAUUGGUGCUCUCCUAUAGUUUUGAAAGAGUUCAAACAAAAAGUUUUGGACUAAUUUCACUUUACAC